AUGACCAACACGGUCGCCGCGACGCUCGCGCUCAUUGCGCUCGUCGUCGGUCCCGCGCGUGCUGUUCAGCCGCAACGGAUGAUUAUGCACGAAGGGCUGCUGCUGGGCAAGCUGAGCGCCCUGCCACCAUGGCUGUCGGCGCUCGGCGUCUCCCUGGUCGGUCACGAAAAGGCGCAGCACAUGGUGCGGAGCAUGUCAAAGGUGACGGCCAUCAGCACGCUGGGCGUCACGGUGAACGUGACGGCUCUUGCCAAGGACGACACCAUCGGGCGCCUCCAGAAAGAGUUUGCAAACCGCCGUGACGCUUGGGGACGCGAUUGUGGGGAAUGUGACGACUAUGGACUUCGCCAUCUCACCUCGCCCAUGCCUCUCAUCCUUGACGUCGGCGGAAACAUUGGCUUCAUCUCCUCUCUCAUCGCACGUGUGCACCCCCAGUCGCAAGUCAUCGCCUUCGAGCCCUCACCAGUCACCUACUUCAUCCUCCGCAUCAACUUCUGGCUCAACGGCGUCCAUGUGCUAACAACGGAAGAGCUCCAGGGGCGCCCGAAGAUCGGAGGCGUAUACCCAGUCUUUGGCGGGUUGGGAGCCAGUCGGGCGCCGUUCGAGUGGCUCGAGGUGGCAGGCAAUGCGCUCGCUCAGAGCCAGAACGUGAACAUCAGCUUCGGCAAGUCAGGCGAGAGCGACGCCAAGGGCGCCUUCAUGCCGCGGUGCUGGUUCAGCGUGGACCAGCAGACAGGCAUCCUCCUCGAUGGGAAUCACGUUCUCAAUGUGCUUUUCAAUGGGGCAUUCUGGUCGCGGCUUCUGACCGCUCUGGACGCGGCGAACCUCUUCGCCACCUCCAUGGAGAAGAUCGGCGUGCUACACCAGCGGCUCCCCGAUCUACCCAUCAUAAUCACCGCAGGGGUGGAACCCAUCAUAAUCACCGCAGGGUGGAACCCAUCAUAUUGCGAGUAG